AUGAUUGAAUCAUCAUAAAUAUUUCUUAAUUUGUUUAAUUAAUUACUUUUAACUUAUAUUUCUUAUAAACUAUAUAAAUCUUAUUAUACCUAAUUUUCUUAUUACCUAUAUUAAUUCUAUAUUUCUAAAGAUGGAUUAAAUCAACUUGUAAGGAGAAUUAACGCAUUGAAAAUGGAAAACAUGAAUCAAAAAUUCAAAAUCAAAACUCUUCUGGAAGCAAGGUAAGUCGCAUUAGGAAAUAACGAACAGAUCAUGAAUCACGAAGAAAAGAUAUUAUAACUUAAAACAAUUAUUAAUAAAUGAAAAAUUAGUGUGAUAAUCUGAUUUAUAAGAAUGAAUCGCUUAAUGAUGAACUGUAAUUUGAGAGGUAUUAAGAUAAUAAUAUUGUUGUAAAGACACAAAUUCUAAAAUUUUCCGUCCUUUGAUAAGAGGGAUUUUAUCCCCCCUAAUUUCUAAGAGUAGAUUAAGAAUUUGAAGAAGAAAUUAGAAGUAGAUUUUAAGAAUAACAAUCAAUUUUCACAAGAAUUAGAAAGGAUUAUAUGUAAUAAAUAUGAAACAAUUAUAUAAUUGGAUUUAGAUAAAUAGAAGCUGUUAACCAAAUUGAAACUAUAAACAAAUUCAUGUAUCAUAAUCUAGGAAGAAGAUUCUUAAUAAAAUGUUUAUGAAUUACAAUAGAAUCUAGAAUAAUCAAGAAAAUAGAUAAAAAAAUAGAAUAAUAACUUCGUGAAAAAUAAUAAUAAUUCAAUGAAUUGA